UUUGAUCAGGAAACGGGCAUACUUCAAGCAUAAAGGAAUUUGUUAUCAAGGCACAACAUCGGCCAGACAGGAAGACUGUAAACAUUUACAUUUAGUUGUGCAUAGAAAGUUUUCUCUUUACGAACUGUUCAAAUGUGGGUGACGGUAGCCAUUGUAGUGGUACUGAUCGCUCUGAUUUGGAGAUAUACGGGACGACCCAAGGGAUUGCCUCCAGGCCCGACAUGUUACCCCUUCAUCGGGAAUGUUGGACUAUUCAAACCUUCAGAUGCGGUACAAGCCAACCGGAAACUCAGAAAGCAAUAUGGUGACAUCUACACUGUAAUGUUCUUCCACAAACCGAUGAUAACAGUUCAUGGAUACGACAAUAUUCGGGAAUUACUGGUAAAAAAUGUAGACAUGUUUUUGGAGCGACCCAUUACAAUUAUAAAUGGAGUUUUUAACAAAGGGAAAGGUUUGAUGUGGUCUUCUGGUCCAGUUUGGGAAGAGCAUAGAGCGUUUGCUCUGACAACAAUGAAAAAACUCGGAUUUGGGAAACACUCUUUGCAAGGUCAAAUCAUGGAAGAAGUAGAUUGUCUUAUGGACGAAGUAGACAAAUUUGAAAACAAACCAUUUGACAUUCAUCACGCUUUAAACACCGCCGUUUCUAAUGUUAUUUGUUCCCUAUUGUUUGGCAAGAGGUUUGACCACGAUGAUACCAAAUUCAAGAACUUGAUUAAACUGCUAAAUAAAAUGUUUGCUUCUACCAAUCCAUCUUCACCAGCUUUCGUUUUUCCAUUGCUUCGCUUUCUGCCGGGGUCAGGUUUUCACAACAUGGAGAAAAGUUUCCGAGAUAUUGAUGCAUUCACAAAAGAAAUAAUCGAAGAGCACAGGCGACAUUUUGACGAAAACAAUAUUAAUGAUUAUGUAGAUGGUUUUCUAUUUGAACAGACACAGAAAAAGAAUUCAACAUUUACAGAUGAACAGCUCAUAAUCAGCGUGCGAGAAUUCUUUGGCGCAGGAACUGAAACUACGGCGACAACCUUAAGAUGGGCAGUGUUGUUCUUAAUUCAUCAUCCCGAAUGGCAGAGAAAACUCAGAGAAGAUAUCGAUGCGCUUCUCGCUCAGAGUCAUCCAAAAAUGGAACACAAAGAGCAAUUACCGAGGGUUGAAGCUUUCAUUUUAGAAGUUCAACGCCAUGCAAAUAUUGCACCCUUUGCAAUUCCGCGUGCUCCAAAAAAAGAUUUCUGUUACAAUGGAUAUAAUUUUCCAAAAGGAAUUUGCGUCUGCUUUGCAUUAGAUUCUGUGUUGAUGGAUCAAGAUAUCUUUCCAGAGCCUUCAAAGUUCAAACCAGAGCGGUUUUUGGAUAAAGAUGGAAAAUGCACUGGGGAGCCGAAGGAAAAGCUCAUUCCUUUCUCAACAGGCCAAAGGUCAUGUGUAGGGGAAUACCUCGCUAAAAUGGAACUAUUCCUUUUCGUGACAAGAUUUCUUCAAAAGUUUGAGUUAAAACCAGAGAACUCAAAUUGUCUGCCUUCACUUGAACCAGUUCUUGGCUUAACAAACCAGCCUAAGCCUUUCAACGUUAUCCUUGUCAAACGCUAGUUUUCUGAACAAAUGGCUAAUUUUCAGAAUGUCUCAAGUUCGGAAAAUUUACAAACUGCGGCCAUCUUAUCAAACACGUUUUUAAAAUAUACCUGAACUUCAAUGUGUAUUUAUUUAACACAAACAAAAAAAAUUCUAUAUCAACUUGGUAUAGAAAUACAAAAAAUAUACUGUCUACAAGUACUAAUAAAAACACUUUACAUAAAGUUAUAAAUGAAUAACACCAGUUUCCAAAUUAAACAAUCAAUCAAAAACAUUAACCGGAGAACUUCAUUAAUGCACUUCGAUCGAAAGAAUUGUAAUUAAAUUCAUUUCUUAUCAUUAAAUAAAACCUUUUCAAAUAUUAAAACGUAAAGUUUUAUUCAUAAAAAUGUAUAUAAUGUAAUGGAAGCAGGAAUCCACAACAAUAACAUCAUCAACAUUAAAAUAGACGUGCAUUUAGCUUAUACUGAGUUAUCGGACUGAAUUUAAUCGAUAAACAUUGAAUGAAAGUUGUUAUCUUAAUCGCAUGAAUGGAUAAAGAAAGGAAAAACAUAAGAUUGCUUUUAAUAACCUUCACUGUGCAGCGAAAUUUGUUAUUAACUGGAUAUGGUGAGUUGGAAUCGUGGAAUACGAAAUUGGGCAUAAAGUGACGCAAGGGUACCGGGGAUAAAAAAAAAUCGUAGAAGUAUAUAUUUGCAACCUUUGUAAAUGCCGAGGUAAUUUGUUACAUAAAAAGUUUAAAAUCAAAGAUUUUUAAACUUAUCUUUAACAAGAUUGUUAUAGAUAAGUUUAAAAAUCUUUGAUUUUAAACUUUUUAUGUAACAAAUUUAAUAGCUAAUGUGAUUCAGUAGUGGUACAUCUGCCUUAUCUGCAUAUUGGAACGCUGAAUUAAGGAGAGGGGAGGAAAACCUGUUACGACGCUUUUUAUUAAAAGUAUUAAUUCUGAUGGUGGCUAUAGUCUAAAUUUCCUCAUCGUUAUCAAAUUGAACGACAUUGUUACCGUUAUACUGUUUAACUAGGUCAGACGCAAAUUUUGAGUGUAUCCUCAAGCGGAUGAAAUCGUGGGAAGACACUUAAUUUUCUGUUUCGUUAAUUAAUUCAUGUAUAUUGUUUAUCUUUUAUGGUUAUACUUUUAUAUCUAUAUGAUUGAAUUUUGGGGUUCUUAAUCAAUAAAUGAUAAUAACUUUG